AGACCCCCUGUGCCGGUUCCCUUCCAGGUGAUCCUGUCGGAGUCGAGCCCAGCGGGCGAGGUGCCCUUCUUUGAGACCUGGAUGCUGACCUGCAUGCCCGAGGAAGGCAAGAUCCUCAACCCUGACCACCCCUGCUUCCGCCCCGACUCCACCAAGGUGGAGUCCCUGGUCGCCCUCCUCAACAACUCCUCCGAGAUGAAGCUGGUGCAGAUGAAGUGGCAUGAGGCAUGUCUGAGCAUCUCAGCCGCCAUCCUGGAGAUCCUCAACGCCUGGGAGAACGGUGUCCUCACCUUUGAGUCGAUCCAGAAAAUCACAGACAACAUCAAGGGGAAGGUGUGCAGCAUGGCGGUGUGCGCCGUGGCCUGGCUGGUGGCCCAUGUCCGCAUGCUGGGCUUGGAUGAGCGGGAGAAGUCCCUGCAGAUGAUCCGGCAGCUGGCCACCCCCCUGUAUGGCGAGAACACGCUGCAGUUCUACAAUGAGCGCGUGGUGAUCAUGAGCUCCAUCCUGGAGCACAUGUGCGCAGACGUCCUGCAGCAGACGGCCACGCAGAUCAAGUUCCCUUCCACGGGCAUGGACACCAUCCCCUACUGGAACCUGCUGCCCCCCAAGAAGCCCAUCAAGGAGGUGCUGACGAGCGUGUUCACCAAGGUGCUGGAGAAGGGCUGGGUCGACAGCCGCUCCAUCCACAUCUUCGACACCCUGCUGCACAUGGGGGGUGUCUACUGGUUCUGCAACAACCUGGUCAAGGAGCUGCUGAAGGAGACGCGGAAGGAGCACACGCUGCGGGCUGUGGAGCUGCUCUAUGCCAUCUUCUGCCUGGACAUGCAGCAGCUGACGCUGACCCUGCUGGGCCACAUCUUGCCCAACCUGCUCACAGACUCCUCCAAGUGGCACACCCUCAUGGACCCGCCGGGGAAGGCCCUGGCCAAGCUCUCCGUCUGGUGUGCCCUGAGCUCCUACUCAUCCCACAACAAGGGCCAGGCGUCCGCCAGGCAGAAGAAGAGGCACCGAGAGGAUAUUGAGGAUUACAUCAGCCUGUUCCCGCUGGACGACACGCAGCCCUCCAAGCUGAUGCGCCUGCUGAGCUCCAACGAGGAAGAUUCCAACAUCCUCUCCAGCCCCAAUCGCUCGAUGAGCAGCUCGCUGUCCGCCUCCCAGCUUCACACCGUCAGCAUGAGGGACCCGCUGAACAGGGUGCUAGCAAACCUCUUCCUGCUCAUCUCUUCCAUCCUGGGGGCCAAGAUGGCCGGCACCCACACCCAGUUCGUCCAGUGGUUCAUGGAGGAGUGCGUGGACUGCCUGGAGCAGGGCAGCCGCGGCAGCAUCCUCCAGUUCAUGCCCUUCACCAUGGUUUCGGAGCUGGUGAAAGUGUCCACCAUGUCCAGUCCCAAAAUUGUCCUGGCCAUCACGGAUCUCAGCCUGCCCCUGGGCCGCCGUGUCGCUGCCAAAGCCAUCGCUGCGCUUUGAGCGGGGC